AUGGAAACUGAUCCUCCUGGCUCUUCAUCUCAAUCUCCAGCUAUACUAAUGGAGGAAGAUUUAUCCAUUCCUCAUAAUUCUGAACCUUCUGGAAACGUUAAGGCCGUUGAAGAAGAUCCUGUGAGCUCUGCAGGAGAAACCUCUAAAGACUCCAUUAGUACAGAAACUUCAACUGCAAAGGUUGAUGAUACGCAGUUGCCUGCUACAUCUACGGGUGCUGAACCUUUGCGUAAAACUGAGGAUAUAGUUCCAUGCCCGCCAGAUUCCUCCCCACGUGAUUCACCGCCGUCUAUAUUUUCUUCUUCUGGUCUUUCUUCUUGGGCCAAAAGUUUUAAAUUCCCGCAGCAAGAUCCAAACGGUGCAGAUUCUGGGAUGUCAGCUUUCACAAGAUUCACCUCUGAACUCGGUCUGCAUUUGCCAACGAAAGCGUCAGAUGAGGUCAGUGGCCCCAAAUCACCAAACACACAAGUUGGUGGCGCUCUUGAGUCGCUCACAAAAGCUGUGGUCGAUUCAUCUCGUGGUGCCGUAAAAGCAAUGCAGGUGAAAGCUCGCCACAUUGUCUCUCAGAAUAAAAGAAGAUACCAGGAGGGGGAGUUCGAUUUGGACAUGACAUAUAUAACUGAGAACAUAAUCGCAAUGGGGUUUCCAGCUGGUGAUAUAAGCUCUGGUCUUUUCGGAUUUUUCGAGGGACUAUAUCGCAAUCACAUGGAAGAGGUGAUCAAGUUUUUUGAAACUCAUCACAAGGACAAAUAUAAGGUCUACAACCUUUGUUCAGAGAGAUUGUAUGAUGCUUCAAAAUUUGAGGGGAAGGUUGCAUCUUUCCCAUUUGACGACCAUAAUUGUCCUCCAAUUCAAUUAAUACCCUCAUUUUGUCAAAGUGCAUACACAUGGUUGAAGGAAGACAUCCAAAAUGUAGUGGUAGUUCAUUGUAAAGCCGGAAUGGCAAGAACCGGAUUAAUGAUUUGCUGUCUUCUUCUAUAUCUCAAGUUCUUCCCUACAGCUGAGGAGGCUAUUGAUUACUAUAACCAAAAGAGAUCUCUCAAUGGGAAAGCUCUCGUUCUACCCAGUCAGAUUCGAUAUGUCAAGUACUAUGAACGUGUUCAGAAUCAGUUUGACGGGAAAAUUCCACCCGAACGAAGAUGCAUGCUCAGAGGGUUUCGCCUAAUCAACUGUCCUUAUUGGAUUAGACCUGCUAUUACCAUCUCCAACCACAAUGAUGUACUUUUCUCAACAAAGAAACAUCAGAAAACCAAGGAUUUGGGGCCUGAAGAUUUUUGGAUGAAGGCACCAAAAAAAGGAGUUGUUGUCUUUGCAAUACCUGGUGAAGCUGGUCUAACAGAGUUAGCUGGCGACUUCAAAAUCCAUUUUCAAGACAGCGAUGGAGAUUUCUAUUGUUGGCUAAAUACUACACUGACUGAUAACAGAACAAUGCUAAAAGGUAUCGACUUCGAUGGCUUUGAAAAGAGAAAACUACCUGCACCAGGGUUCCAUGUUGAAAUCGUAAUGAUAGAAUCCGACAAUUCUCAACCAACAAAUCCCAAUUUUGAUUCUUCGUACGCCACCCAACAACAAUCUCAAAGCAGCUCUGGUGCUGAUUCAGGCAAAAUCAAGUCUAAACAGAACAAAGACGACGAUGUGUUCUCCGACAGUGAUGCGGAAGAGGAAGGAAACUCGAAACACAUUGAGUCAAAUUCAACUAACGCGAAAACCGCAGGCUCGCUGCACACAACUAGUAAACCUCAUCAGAUCAAUGAACAUCCAAAGACCGAUGACCAUUCUGCAAACAAAAGUGUCACAAGUUCAUCGUCCUUGGGUCUUUAUAAUCCAGUACCAAACGACUCAUUAGCAGUUAAUGAUAUCAAAGCUAUCGCUGCAGACGCAUCGGUCUUCUCCUUUGGAGAUGAGGAAGAAGACUAUGAAAGCGACUGA